AUGGAACGUGCUCGCAGACUCGCAAACCGUGCAACUCUGAAGCGUCUUCUCUCAGAGGCGAAACAGAAUCGAAAGACUGAAACAACAACAACAACACCUGUUCCGUUUUCAUUCUCUGGUUCAUCUUCAAGGUACGUUUCCUCUGUUUCAAACUCUGUUCUCAGAGGCAGAGGAUCCAAACCAGACAACAAUGUUUCACGACGUGUUGGUGGAUUUCUCGGUGUUGGUUAUCCAUCACAAUCUCGAUCCAUCUCUGUUGAAGCGUUGAAACCGAGCGACACAUUUCCGAGACGCCAUAACUCAGCAACACCGGAUGAACAAACGAAAAUGGCUGAAUCUGUUGGUUUCGAUAACCUUGAUUCACUAGUGGAUGCAACAGUGCCGAAAUCGAUUCGCUUGAAGGAAAUGAAGUUCAAUAAAUUUGAUGGUGGAUUAACAGAAGGUCAAAUGAUUGAACACAUGAAGGAUUUAGCUUCGAAGAACAAGGUUUUCAAAUCUUUUAUUGGUAUGGGAUACUAUAACACUCAUGUUCCGCCUGUGAUUUUGAGGAACAUCAUGGAGAAUCCUGCUUGGUAUACACAGUAUACGCCUUAUCAAGCUGAGAUAUCGCAAGGCCGUCUUGAGUCUUUGUUGAAUUUUCAAACCAUCAUUACUGAUCUCACUGGUUUGCCUAUGUCGAAUGCUUCAUUGCUUGAUGAAGGUACUGCUGCUGCGGAAGCAAUGUCUAUGUGUAAUAAUAUUCAAAAGGAUGGAUUUGAGCUCAAGGUUGUGGUGAAAGAUCUUAAGGAUAUUGAUUACAAAUCUGGUGAUGUUUGUGGUGUUCUUGUUCAGUAUCCUGGUACUGAAGGUGAGGUUUUGGAUUAUGGUGAGUUUAUUAAGAAGGCUCAUGCUAAUGAGGUUAAGGUUGUUAUGGCGAGUGAUCUUUUGGCAUUGACUGUGUUGAAGCCUCCGGGUGAGUUUGGAGCUGAUAUUGUUGUUGGUUCGGCUCAGAGAUUUGGUGUUCCGAUGGGUUAUGGUGGUCCCCAUGCUGCUUUCUUGGCUACUUCGCAAGAGUAUAAGAGGAUGAUGCCUGGAAGAAUCAUCGGUGUUAGUGUUGAUUCGUCUGGAAAGCAAGCUUUGAGGAUGGCUAUGCAAACUAGGGAGCAGCAUAUCCGUAGGGACAAGGCCACCAGCAACAUUUGCACUGCUCAGGCACUGCUUGCAAACAUGGCUGCUAUGUAUGCUGUAUAUCAUGGACCUGAAGGCCUUAAAGCCAUUGCACAAAGGGUUCAUGGCCUUGCUGGGGUGUUUGCUCUUGGAUUAAAGAAACUCGGGUUUGAAGUUCAGGAUCUUGGCUUCUUCGACACUGUGAAGGUUAAGACUUCAAAUGCCAAAGCAAUUUCAGAUGCUGCUAUCAAAAGUGAAAUCAAUUUGCGCGUUGUAGAUGGAAACACUAUCACUGCUGCUUUUGAUGAAACAACCACAUUAGAGGAUGUUGAUAAGCUUUUCAAAGUUUUUGCUGGGGGCAAGCCUGUCUCAUUCACAGCGGCUUCUCUUGCACCUGAAUUUCAAAAUGCAAUUCCUUCUGGAUUAGUUAGGGAGAGUCCCUAUUUGACACACGCUAUCUUUAACACGUACCAAACUGAGCAUGAGUUACUGAGGUACAUUCAAAGGCUACAAUCAAAAGAUCUUUCACUUUGCCACAGUAUGAUCCCACUUGGAUCUUGUACAAUGAAGCUGAAUGCAACAACUGAAAUGAUGCCGGUGACAUGGCCUAGCUUUACCGAUUUGCACCCUUUCGCACCAACUGAACAGGCUCAAGGAUAUCAGGAAAUGUUCGCCAACUUAGGUGACCUGUUGUGUACCAUCACUGGAUUUGACUCCUUCUCUUUGCAACCAAAUGCCGGUGCUGCUGGAGAAUAUGCCGGACUCAUGGUUAUUCGUGCAUAUCAUUUGUCAAGAGGGGACCACCACCGCAACGUUUGCAUUAUACCAGCAUCAGCACAUGGUACAAAUCCUGCUAGUGCUGCUAUGGUUGGAAUGAAAAUUGUUACCAUAGGAACUGAUGCUAAGGGAAACAUUAACAUUGAAGAGUUGAAGAAAGCUGCUGAAAAACAUAAGGACAACUUAUCUGCAUUUAUGGUAACAUAUCCUUCAACUCAUGGUGUUUAUGAAGAAGGUAUCGAUGAUAUUUGCAAGAUUAUCCAUGAUAAUGGUGGCCAAGUGUACAUGGAUGGUGCCAACAUGAAUGCACAGGUAGGACUUACAAGCCCAGGUUGGAUUGGAGCCGAUGUUUGCCAUCUCAAUCUCCAUAAGACAUUUUGCAUUCCUCACGGAGGAGGAGGCCCUGGCAUGGGUCCUAUUGGUGUAAAGAAACACUUGGCACCAUUUUUACCCUCACACCCCGUGGUGCCAACCGGUGGAAUUCCUGCACCUGAGAAUCCUCAACCACUUGGUAGUAUCGCAGCUGCACCUUGGGGAUCAGCGCUCAUAUUGCCAAUCUCUUACACAUACAUAGCCAUGAUGGGAUCUCAAGGACUCACUGAUGCGUCAAAGAUAGCCAUUUUGAAUGCAAACUAUAUGGCGAAGCGAUUGGAGAGUUAUUACCCAGUUCUUUUUCGCGGAGUCAAUGGAACAGUUGCUCAUGAGUUCAUUAUUGACUUGAGAGGAUUUAAGAAUACUGCUGGAAUAGAGCCUGAAGAUGUUGCGAAACGUCUCAUGGACUAUGGAUUUCAUGGACCAACAAUGUCAUGGCCUGUGGCUGGUACACUCAUGAUUGAGCCUACUGAAAGUGAAAGCAAGGCUGAGUUAGACAGGUAUUGUGAUGCUCUUAUUUCCAUUAGAAAAGAAAUUGCUGAGAUUGAGAAAGGAAAUGCUGAUGUUCACAACAAUGUUCUCAAGGGAGCCCCUCAUCCACCAUCACUGCUCAUGGCUGAUGCAUGGACCAAACCAUACUCCAGGGAGUAUGCUGCCUACCCUGCUGCAUGGCUCCGUGGUGCAAAGUUUUGGCCUACCACAGGACGUGUUGAUAAUGUGUACGGUGACCGCAACCUGGUUUGCACCCUUCUCCCAGCAUCACAGGCUGUUGAAGAACAAGCUGCUGCAACUGCAUAA